AUGGCCAGUAUUUCUCAACUACUCUUGUCUGGUCUGCUGACCGCUACUGUGAUCAAUGGCCAGCAAUAUGACCCGCCUGCUCGAAGCUCGGAUGCAUUCUCCUACGUUCAGCCCCGUGACGCAACUAUUCUCGGGCCUUACGGACAUUCUCCCGCUGUUUUUCCAUCGCCCAACGCUACCGGAGCUGGUGGCUGGCAUGCAGCCUUCGUCAAGGCUCAGCGCUUUGUCGCUGAGUUGACGCUUGAGGAAAAAGCUGACAUGGUCACUGGGCAGCCCGGCCCUUGUGUUGGGAAUAUAGUGGCAAUUCCUCGACUCGGCUUUAACGGUCUCUGCUUGCAAGAUGGCCCCUUAGGCAUCCGCGUCGCGGACUAUGCCAGCGUCUUCUCUGCUGGUGUAACAGCUGCAUCAACGUGGGACAGGGACAUUCUGUACGAGCGCGGUUUCGCUAUGGGACAGGAGUUCAGAGCCAAAGGUGCCCAUAUCGCACUUUCACCUGUUGCUGGCCCCCUUGGACGCUCAGCAUACGGGGGUAGAAACUGGGAGGGCUUUGCAGCAGACCCUUACCUGACCGGUAUUGCUAUGGAGCGAACCAUCCAGGGCAUUCAAGACGCAGGCGUUCAGGCUACUGCCAAGCAUUACAUCGGGAAUGAGCAAGAAACCCAGCGUAACCCAAGCUACGACUACAGUGGCUCGACCCCGGAAAUCAAGCAGGAAGCCAUUUCCUCCAAUAUUGACGACCGAACUAUGCACGAGCUAUAUCACUGGCCGUUCGCCAACGCCGUUCGCGCCAAGGUUGCUUCCGUCAUGUGCUCCUAUCAGCGCCUCAACGGCUCCUACGCCUGUCAGAACUCCAAGGCUCUCAAUGGGCUGCUCAAGGAGGAGCUUGGCUUCCAGGGAUAUGUCAUGUCCGACUGGGGGGGCACUCACUCCGGCGUCGCGUCUAUCGACAGUGGUCUCGAUAUGGAUAUGCCAGGGGGUCUCGGUCCAUACGGCCUGUACCGUGAGGAAGGCUCCUUCUUUGGCGAAAACGUGACUUUUGCUGUCAAUAACGGAACUAUUGAUGAAUCUCGCGUGGAUGAUAUGAUCGUUCGCAUCAUGGCCCCUUACUACUGGCUCGGUCAGGACAAAGACUUCCCCUCGGUUGACCCUUCAACCGUCCAGCUGAAUACUUUUUCGCCACGGUCUACAUGGCUUCGCGAGUUCAAUGUCACCGGAGAGCCCAGUCGUGAUGUCCGCGGGAACCAUAGCGAGUUGAUCCGCAGACAUGCUGCAGAAGCCACCGUUCUACUCAAGAAUGAGGGCAACGCAUUGCCUUUGAAGGCGCCGAAGUCAAUCGCUAUUUUUGGCAACGAUGCUGGCGAGGACACCAUGGGUGCCUACAACGAUCAGAAUUUUGAGUAUGGCACACUUGCCGUAGGUGGUGGCUCAGGAACUGGUCGCUUCACACAUCUGAUCUCACCGCUGGCGGCCCUCAAUGCUCGUGCUAAGCAGGAUAACGCUCUGGUCCAGUUUUGGUUGAACAACACCCACAUCGCCAAUUCAAAUGUCACUGAUCUUUGGAUCCCUGCUCUGCCUGAAGCUUGUCUCGUCUUCCUCAAAACAUGGGCAACCGAGGGUUCAGACCGGGAACAUCUAUCGGUGGACUAUAACGGGAACGACGUCGUGAAUUCGGUUGCAAAAUUUUGCAACAAUACGAUCGUCAUCACUCAUUCCUCUGGUAUUAACGAACUCCCCUUCGCACACCACCCUAACGUCACUGCCAUCCUUGCGGCCCAUUACCCUGGGGAAGAAUCUGGCAAUUCUAUUGUCGAUGUCCUUUAUGGUGAUGUCAAUCCAUCCGGGAGGCUGCCAUACACGAUCGCCAAAAGCGCCAGCGACUACAAUGCCCCACCCACGACUGAGGUGACCACCACAGGUCGGUAUGACUGGCAGUCAUGGUUCAACGAGAAGCUUGAAAUCGACUACCGUUACUUCGACGCCCGAAACAUGUCAGUCCUUUACGAGUUUGGCUACGGCCUGUCUUACUCGACCUUCAGUAUCUCCGACAUCAAAGCCAAAGCCCUGGCCAAGUCCGUUUCCUCGGCACCAGAAGAGCGGCCCGUUCAGCCAGGGGGAAAUCCUGCUCUUUGGGAGACCAUCUACCACGUGUCAGUGUCGGUCACCAAUACAGGCGAUGUGGAGGGCGCGACGGUGCCGCAGCUCUAUGUCACCUUCCCAGAUAGUGUCCCUGGAACCCCACCCAAGCAGCUUCGAGGCUUCGACAAGGUUUUACUGGCUCCUGGCAAAUCGCGCACUGUGAAAUUUGAGCUGAUGCGGAGGGACCUCAGCUACUGGGAUGUGGUAUCGCAGCAGUGGCUGAUUCCGGAGGGCGAGUUUGUCAUUGGUGUGGGGUUCAGUAGCAGGGAUUUGAAGAAGGUUAUCAGCAUUAAGCCUGUGACAGCUUAG